AUGGAGUUGAGCAGGAGCGUGACCAUGGAUGUUUCUCUGAGCAUCCCUGCUGCCCGCGGCGUCGGCGGCGACGGCACCGACAGGAGGGCGCCUCGAAACUCGCCUUCCUUCAAGAUCGUGCCGCUGCAUGACGAGAUGGCCAAGCCAUCGCCGGGCGGCCGCGGCCACGAGAGGGCGGCGGUGCUCCUCGCGAAGAAGGCGGUCUACCACCCGGCGAACCCCGGCGCCAUUGUGGCCACCGUGCCCACGCUCGGCACCGCCGAGACAUUCUUGAUCGAGUUCCUCACCACCUUUGUCCUCCUCUUCGUAAUCGUCGCCCAUGCCACCGAUCCCAAGGUGAAGGAGCUGAUAGCAGUGGCAGCCGGGGCAGCAAUCAUGAUGAACGCCCUUAUCUCUGCGGAGUCAACGGGAGCGUCCAUGAAUCCGGCGAGGACGCUGGGGACGGCCAUCGCCACCGGGACCUACACCAAGAUCUGGGUCUACAUGGUGGCGCCGCCGCUCGGAGCCAUUGCCGGGACCGGGGCUUACAUUGCGCUCAAGCACUGA